GUGACAGAGUGCAUGUGGGGACGUAUAAAGAGUGCGUGUGGAGAGGUAUAAAUAGCUGUCUAUAACUACACCUCUAUAUAUAUGAGGCUCUGAGGGAGUGCAGCAUUGAGACCUACGUGUCUGCGUCUCUUACACUCUGCGCGGGGACGUAAGGCUGAGUCUUAGUCUUAAGUUGGCGUUGUGACGGUCGUAUCGAGGAGUAACGUCCGCAUCUUUCUGACUGCCGCUUCAGUCACGCCGUUACACACUCACCAAGGUCUGGUGGUGGUUCUAGCAAUUCGCAGAGAGACGUAACGCAGACUUGCUCUUUUAAAAGUUUUUUUGUUUCGAAACGUUUUUCUUACGACAACAGUCCAGUGGUACAUCGAGAGAGAAGGACAGACGGACAGACAGAGAAGCAGGAACGACAGAGGGAAAGAAAAGGAGCAGCGUUUGUCAGCAGCGCCCUCCAAUCGCCCGCACAGACAGAAAAGACAGAGGGAAAAGAAAAGAAGCAGCAACUGACAACAGCACCCUCCAACCGCCCACAGAUCGUUCAGCCUGCCAUCUGAAAUCCCCCCUCCCUCCCUUCCCCUCCACCAGUAUACAUCCACCAGUAUACCUCCCCUUCCCCUCCCCCAUAUAUCUCCCCUUUAUACCUCCCCUGUAUACCUCCGCCAUCACGUUCUGUCACUCACCAUGACGAGUCGUCUGCUGCAGACCCUGUGCCUGGCUAUCAUGGCGGCAGUCGUCCUCGCAGAAGCUGACGUCACCAUGGAGGCGGUGCCCGACCAGAUCGAGUCGAAACUGACGCAAAAACUGACGGUGACCUGUUCGGCCAAGGUGGUCAACGCCUCCCAGGGAAUGGCGGGAAUAAUGACGCUGGAGAUAGACCACGAGGGCACGACCCUGGCCACUGUCUUCAAGAACAAGGUCAAUAAACUGUCGGCCUUUGGCGGGGAGGCUAACGGUCAUAUCAGCGACACAGAGGGCAGCUUGAGUCUCAUGUUCUCCCAGGUAGGGCUCAACAGCACGGGAGUCUACACGUGCACGGCUAUAGGCUUCACCGCUCUCGGCACGACAGAGCAGGCAUUGGCCACCGUCAACGUCACGACACACAACCCUAGCAACGUGACGUUCAUCAACGAGCUGGUGGAGAUUGAGUCGCAGCUGGCGGACGUGACGUUUAGCGUCAACGGUUUGGGUCGCCGGUGGCAACACGUGGACCACAACCCCCUGUUUGUGACGUCACCGGCCUACAACGGGAGCCUGUACCUGCUCUCCCGCGCGGACAUGGGUCACGUGUACAUGGCGCAGUUCAUCUGCUUCGUCCAGGGCGGGUAUCUGGCCGAGAUCAACAGCGCAGCGGAGUUCAGGAACGUUCGCGCCUUUGUGAAGGGUCAGCUCAACCAGACGUCUGACGUUAUCGUGUGGCUGGGGGCCAGUGACCAGAGGGUGGAGUCUAAAUGGGAGCUGAUGUACAACAGAGGGGGCGCCGUGUAUCUGGAGUGGGGCGGGUUCCCAUCCACGGGCUAUGACUGUCUGGUGCUGUCUUCCACCACCGACUUCUUCAUGAACGAUCAGAGGUGUGGGGAGAACGGGAGGGUCUUGUGUGAGGUUCCCAGUGGGUCUGUCAGUGUGUACGCGGGGAGGGAGGGGUAGAGGGUGGCUCUGUCAGUGUGUACGGGGCGGAGAGGGGGGAGGGGUAGAGGGGGAGAGAGGGAGGAGGAAGAGGUAGAGGGGGAGGGAGGGUGUGGUAUGAGGUUCCCAGUGACUCUGUCAGUGUGUACGGGGCGGAGAGGAGGGAGGAGCAGAGGUUGGCUCUGUCCGUGA